CGGGUGCCACUUACGAAAGUACGCCGGAGCACGUCGACCCCGCUGCGAUGGCCGCUCGACUCUCCACCUUGGCGCGACCAUGUGCUGCAGCGACAGCAUCACCAGUGCAUGUCGAGUGCGACCUCGGUGCAUUUGUUGGGAAGCGUGUCGCGUUUGCUGUCGCCACGACGUACGAAUUUGAAGUUGGCUACGGCGGCAGUGCGAUCCCGUCCAGCUCCGGACCGCCCAUUGGUCUUGCACGCGUGCAUUCGUCGUCGACAACAAUCGAUUUGCGCGAGCCGAGCGACGACGACGACAGCAAUGCGUCCGCCAAGACGGUCCGCAAGUUUGAACAUUUGGAGCGUAUUGCGCUGCUGAAAAGAGCCGGGUGCCACGUUCAAGACAUUGCGGUGUUUUGCCUGGAGGCGAUGGAAAUCCGCAACUCGCGCGCGGUCAGCGUCGCCUCGCACCGAAAGCGCAAGCAACAAAUCGCGUCGCGCGAGACGUUGGCGAAGCGGCGGCGGCUAUGCCCAUGGCGCGACGACUCGGAUGACGACGACGACGGCGACGACGAGAGCAAUUGCUGACGCUCACGACGUGUCCUGUCUUGUACACUAUAGAGUAUUUAUUCCUUCUCAACAACCAUUAACAUGGCUCCCCACGCACCACCU